UGUAGAUAUGGUUUGACUUUCUGAAAGUCCUCUCCAGGUAGUUUUGCUUUCUGUUGGUAAAGUUUGAAAAUGUCUUCCAAUUAUUACAUUUAAACAAAAUAUUCUUUCACUCCCUGUUAGGUUUCUACACUGCGUUUCAGAUUCCAGUGUGUAACUGAAAGUUGAAUUAAGUGUGGCAGGAACAACUAAGGGCUAGAUUAAGCUAGGUAUGAAUAAUUUUACACAGACAAAAGCCUGGGGGUGAACUUGCUCUCUGCCCUGUUCUCAGGCUGCAUUUUUAAUCUUAGCACAAACGUGGACUUUGUUUUUAUUAUCUGAUGUUUCCCUCCGCUUCUAGGUGCCCAGAUGACUAUUAUGAGCCAAGCUUGUGCAGAAAGGUGUAAUAUAAUGAGGCUGGUGGACCGUCGGUGGGCAGGGAUCGCCAAAGGAGUGGGCACCCAGAAGAUUAUUGGAAGGGUACAUCUAGCUCAGGUUCAGAUUGAAGGAGAUUUCCUGGCGUGUUCUUUCUCUAUACUUGAGGAACAGCCCAUGGACAUGCUUCUGGGACUGGACAUGCUGAAGCGGCAUCAGUGUUCCAUUGACCUCAAGAAAAAUGUACUCGUGAUCGGCACCACAGGCUCUCAGACUACCUUCCUUCCCGAGGGAGAGUUACCAGAGUGUGCCCGAUUGGCAUACGGGGCUGGGCGAGAGGAUGUGCGGCCAGAGGAGAUCGCAGACCAAGAAUUAGCAGAAGCUCUUCAGAAAUCCGUAGAGGAUGCAGAGAAAAGCGGUAAAGAAACUACCUCACUGGGAAUGUCAUCAUUACCAACUUCAGAUGGAUUUAACCAUCCAGCCCAUCCUUCAGGACAGAGUCCUGAGAUUGGUAAUCCUAUGAGUCUUGCUCACUCUGUCUCUGCUUCAGUCUGCCCUAUCAAGCCCAGUGACCCCGACAGCAUCGAACCUAAAGCUGUGAAGGCUUUGAAGGCUUCAGCUGAAUUCCAGAUAACCUCUGAAAAGAAAGAACAUCUUCCUCUGCAGGAUCUUUCUGAUAGUGCUUCUUCAGCAGACAGUGCUCCAGCAGACCAGAGUCCAGCCAUACCUUUGCAGAAUUCCUCUGAAGAAGCCAUUGUUGCCGAUAAUAUGGAGAAAUCUGCUGAAAGAAGCACCCAGGGCCUCAGAUCUCAUCUCCACACAAGACAGCAAGCUAGUGUAUCUGUCACAACUACUAGGAUGCAAGAACCACCGGGGUUUCUAGGUGAGAAGGGUUGGCGUCCAGAAAAUCAGAACCUGCAUCAGGUGAAUGGCCUUCAGCAGCACAAAGAACCAGGGAAUGAACAGCACGGGGUUGAACAACAGAAGGCUCUAAAUGACCGAGAACAUCUCUGUAACGCAGAGGACUUUGAACUUCUUGGAGAAAGGCAACAGAAUCAACAAAGAAGUGUUGAUUUGGAAUCGACAAUGAAAGAAGACCGGCUACGACAGAAUGCGGACCCUCCAGGUACAGAGGAAAGUACUCUCCCUUCAGGAUGGUUUGGCUCCUCAAAGUCAGAAACAUUUAUGGAAGUAGAUACAGUUGAAGAGUCCCUAGUUACUAUGCUUAAUUCAGCAGAUGGUCAGCAUGCCAGUGUCAAGAACAUCGGUGCAUCUGCUCUCACCUUAGAUAAUCCCUUGAUGGAAGUAGAAACAUCAAAAUGUAACCCUUCGUCUGAAAUUUUGAGUAAUUCAGUUUGCACUCAGGAUUUACAGCUCCCAGACAGCAAUGUUGAAAUGUCUGGAACAAGUAAAGAAGAUGGGGAUUGCUCCCCCUCUUUAAGUCUUUGUGGCAGUUCUCAGCCCUCUGUGGAGUCAGCAGAGGAAUCAUGCUCAUCUCUAACAGCAGCCUUGAAGGAACUCCAUGAACUUCUGGUCAUUAGUAGUAAACCAGCUUCAGAAAAUAUAUCUGGGGAAGUUAUCUGUCAGUCCGAAAUGGUAACUGAGGGCCAAACAGUUACUAAGGACCUUUCUGAAAGAUGGACCCAAAGUGAGCAUCUUACAGCUGCCCAGAAUGAAGAGCAUUCACAAGUCACCUUUCAUCAGACCAUAUCUGUAUCGGUGAGGGCAGAGAAGUUACCAGACACUUCAACUGGUGCUGGAGUAGAUGCAGUAGAAAAUAGUACCGUAAGGGAUCCGGGCGAUGGCCUAGUAACGGAUAAGGAAAGUGUCCCCAAGCCUAGGGAAUCUGGAAAGGAGAGCAGCUCUGCCACUCUAGCCUCAGCUAAAACGUCUAAUCAGUCACACUGCACCUUAGGUGUAGACAUUCCACGCAAACCCUUAGCCGGUGAGGAGGAUGCAGUCAGUCACACUUCUGAGCAAGCGAAGUCCUUGUCCAAUUUCAUACUGGUUCAAGAUUUGGGUCCGGGCACACAGAAGCCAGUGCCAGACAGGCCUGAGACCAGAGAAGAUGUCUGUCCUGAAGCUGCAGGACCACUUCUUGAGUUUGAACCACCUCCCAGCCAGCCAGCAUCAAGUCCCUCCAUUCUUCCACCAUUAAUUUUUCCCACCGCAGACAUUGACCGCAUUCUCCGUGCUGGCUUCACUUUGCAGGAAGCUCUUGGGGCUUUGCAUCGAGUUGGUGGAAAUGCAGACCUUGCACUUCUUGUUUUGCUAGCAAAGAACAUUGUAGUUCCUACAUAACCAUGGAAAAGGGGGCUAGACCAUACUCCAUUCCCUUUAAAAAAGCUAUACACGCACACACACACACACACACACAUACACACUCACCACAUAUACAGUGUAUGUAGAAACCUGCAAGCAGAAUGUUGAGCCAGAUUUUUUUUAAGGAUUUUUUUCGGCCAAAGUAACUUAUCUCUUGUCUGAUGAAUUUGUCUAUUCUCUUUGUUAAAAUUUGGGCCUUUUUAAAUGUAUUGGCAGUAACGUGCAUACAAAAGCUUUUUAUUAUCAUUAAGAUGAUGUAUUCUGGAAUAAAAUUGAUGGUUUCGUGUAUAGCAUACCAUUUUAGAAUGAGAGUGAAUGCUUUAAAAAGCAGAAGCCAUGAGAAAUCCCACCGCCCAUGCAGCUAAAAGCAAAUCAGCUUCCCAUUUUGGCUUUGUCUGUACUGUAGGCAAGGUAUGGCUUGUUGGUUCAGUUGUCCAUUUACAAACUGGAUCACAUGGUUUGGUGUUUGGAAUUACACUUAGUGCUCUGUGUAUUGAUGAUUCAUCAGUUAACAACAGGAAAUUGAAGAGUAGUUGACUAAUAUCUCCUAGAGUGGUAUGUUUUUAUUUGUUUGGUUAGGAUUUGACCUUUUUAUGGGAUGAGGUGGGAGGGUUUAGAACUUGGGCUGCUUUGUGCAUCAUAGGCUGCUGCAUGGAUUGCCAAGUAUUUGGGGUG